GAAGAUUAACUGAAACUUGUGUAGCAUAGUUCUAUUACAGCGGUGAAUGUCCUUAUUAAUCAAGGUAGAUAAUAUUAACUGGCGAUAAUGUUCCUGUCAAUAAUUUUUGUAAGUGAUGUUGGUCUGUUUAUUUUCGUACAUAAUGCAUAGAAAAUUACAUGCUCUAUUUUCUACAAACUUGAAGUAAAAUGAGAACAUUUGAUAGUUAUCCCCUAUAAAAUGUAUUCGUUGACGUUAUUAAAUAGUUAUGCUUACAUGAUAAGAAUAACAUAUACAAUAAAUAAUACUGAUUGAUUACACUAUGGUUUGACAUAGCAUAGGCGCACAUGACGUUUUAUUUUUAGACUAUGUAUAUGUGACUGUCGAAAAUUGUAUUUCGCUAGGGAGUUAAUUUAUAAACUAUGCUAUUUCUUAAUGUGUUAUAAUUCUGCCACGUUAAACUUUAGAAGGUUUUUUGAUCAAAAAAAAAAAAAAACUUUAAAAGGUUUAAACAACUGCAACAUAGGAUAGGAUGAAGUCUUUUUUUAAUUUUAAUAAAAUUCAGGUUAUAACUUUUUUAAAAAAUUUCAAUUAAUAUAUAGAGGAUGUUAACAUCAUCGCAACAUGGUAUUGCAUGUAAAAAUAAAGUAUGUGACAUACAUAUUGUCGAUUUGUCACCUUCCAGAUUUUAUCUUCAUUGCUCGUAAAACCACGAUAAUAUAAGUUACAAUACAUCAUUAUUCAUUAUAUAAUUUAAAUGUGAUGUCUGUAACAUUUGAUCUUUAACUAGUUUAAAAAUUACUAUAGAUUGAGAGAAAACUGUCUCAACAUAUUUCUUAAUUUUGUUUUGGCAUCCAUAUUUCUUAAUUUUGUUUUGGCAUCCAUAUUUCUUAAGCUCUAAGAUAUCAUAUAUAUUAAAUAUAUUUUUGUAAAAAAACAUAUAUUAUCAUUUGUGAUUGGCUGUUGAUAGAAAUGGUAUCACUAGUUAUUUAUAUUCAAAAAGAGCUUUUUAUAUAAAAAAAAUCAUUUUCUAAAAGAUAUGCCUCUUUUCCUACUAUAAUUUUUUUUCUUUACAUUUUUAUUUAUUCUUGUUUAUAUAAAUGAUAAAGCAAGUUAUAAGAGAGGGUGCGUGUUUGCCCCCACUCCUCACAUAAUAAUACAAUCUUCAAAGUUUUUCACAAUUCACAUCCCUCUUUCCGAGUUCUCAAAUACACACACACAUAUUAUGAAACUGGAAAGGUAUACCAAACGAGAUUCUACAAUUAGCCUAGUCAAAGAGCAUCAUGGUGAUGGUGUGACCCCAAAGUCACCAUCACCCCAAAGUUAGUUUCACAUGUUUCUUAAGCUUCAAGCACUGAGUUUUUUUUUUCAAAAAAAAGAAUUGUAUUUUUUCCUUUUUAUUUUUAUAAUUUUGUUGAGGAUUUAUUACCUUCGUAGUUAAAGUAAGAUUUAUUCCCCCUUUUUGUAUCAAUGUUUCCGUGUGUGCUUGUUGUUUGCAUUGAUGCUGAAAGUUAGGAAACGGGAGAAGUGAAGAAUAGAAGAUAUGUCUUCUUCUUCUAAGACCAUGAUAAACCUCAGUCUCUUAACUGGGGUUCUUAACUUUGGCUAAGAGAUGGUUCUUAACUUUUUUUAGAUUUUAACUAAAAGCUAAGAACCGUCUCUUAAAUAAGAGAUAUAAGAACCGUCUCUUAACCGAAAAGUGUAAAAAAAAAAACACACAAAAAAUGUCAAAUCAUGAGUUAAAAACCCCGGUUAAGAGACCGGGGUUAAUCACGGCCAUUAAGUACAUCAAAUAAGGAGAGAAACCAUUAAUGUUUUAAAAAAAGGAGAGAAACCAUUAUAGAUUUUUAUUUUAUAUAUAUAGACACAGAGAGGAAGAAGAAUUAGAUUUUAUCCAAUUUCAUUUUUUUCUUUUUGGAAUUAUUCUUUGAGUGAAUAAUGCCACUCCCUCUUGCACCAUAUCCAACACCUCCCGCGCCAGCACUGUCUCCGUCGUACACUCCUCCCCCGCUGGCAAAUGGUAGUACAGGUGGACAGAGCCAGUUAGUGUGUUCAGGUUGCAGAAACCUUCUCAUGUAUCCCGUCGGAGCAAGUUCUGUCUGCUGCGCCGUCUGUAACGCCGUCACGGCCGUUCCUCCGCCCGGAACUGAGAUGGCUCGGUUAGUUUGUGGAGGCUGCCAUACACUUCUAAUGUACAUUCGUGGAGCUACAAGUGUCCAAUGUUCUUGUUGUCACACCGUUAAUCUUGCCCUCGAAGCGAAUCAGGUGGCGCAUGUGAAUUGCGGAAGCUGCAGGAUGUUACUUAUGUAUCAAUACGGAGCAAGAUCUGUCAAAUGUGCUGUUUGUAGCUUUGUCACACCAGUUGAGGGUUCGACUAGCACGACUGAUCUAAAGUUCAACAGCUAAAUUUUUAUUACGGUUCAUUUAUGUAUUGAAUUGUGACAAUAUAGAGGAAGAAUCAAAUCUUUUUCUCUCUCUUAGAUCAUCCUCUCGUUCAAGAAUCCGGCAGCAAGAUGUUAUGAGUUUGAAACUUUUUCCGGAGUAAAUUAAUAUGUAAUUAGUCAAAAUUUCUGAUUUUAGUCUCUUUGUUUGGUUGUAUAGAGUUGUCUCCCUUCAAUGUAUCUGUUUUUUUUUUUGAUAAAUUGAUUCAUCAGUUUGCAAAAGUGAUAUUCAAGAAUAAACGCUUAAGGUCUUACAAUCAAUUGAAGACGAUUAGUUAAUGAUUCACCAAACCAAUUUUAUGUAUGAACAUUUUCUUCAAUUUUUGUUACCAUACAAUAGUCAUCGAAUAUUUGAGAUGUGAAUCCAUCAAUAUUGUCUAACCUAACUCUUUUAAUAGUAUAAUAAGAGAAUUGUGUUCGCUGUUUGAUUAUUUGAAUUAAAAAUUUCACAAAUAUCAUAUUUUGAGGUGGUAAUAAACAAAUGCGUAGACCAUAUAUAUUGCUAUGAAUUCUUUCACGAAAUUUUAGUGAUUCUUUAUUUGACCAAUUUUUGUAGUGAACAUGCAACACAUUUCAUUUUAUUCCCUUGAAAAAUCUUUUGGUUUUUCAGUGAGUGAAUGAACAUGUGAGUUCUCUCUGACUUUACAAUCCACUGUGGUGUAUGGGAGACUGAGGUAAUUAUGUCAUAAUGCGAAUCUUCUGGAUUUUGUUUCAUUAACAGAUUCUAUUUGAUUGCAUCUAUAUAAGAAUGAUGAAAUCACGAAAUAAGUUCUGGAAACUUUUCCGAUAUAUGACUUUGGCUAUAUUUAUCAAAUGUUACAUAUGUGUAAUUAUUUUCAUCCUCAGUUACAUACUGAGUAUCACAUCUGCGAGACGUAUAUGUCUAUGAAACUCAAUACAGAUCCUUGCUUAUCUAAAAUUUUGGUCCAUUUGGCAACGAUAAAGUUGGCCUUACCAAUUCCUUCAAUCAAUUAUGCAAGAUGUGAUAUCUUAUUGACAAUAAUUCUUAUAUGUUUUAUAUUAUAGAUAUAUUUAUUUUGUCUCAUAAUAGUGUGUGUUGUUCCACUAUCAGAUGUAAAAAAUUCUCGAGUCUGCUUCUUGGAUUUUGUACUAGCAUUUAGAUCCAAUCUUGUAAUUAUCAUAGAUAUCAAUAAAGAGAAACGUGAAAUCCAUUCAUAAAUAACAUACAAUAAUUAUACAUUUAGGUGAUGUUAAAAAAACAUUAGUCACUUAAAACUUAUAAACAUAAUAAUUAUAUAUGGCAAUACUAGACUAUUCAGUAGUCGCUUUACAAAUUUUUCGGUUCUCUUCAUGAGUGGUCUAGUCAAGCUCAUUUUCAAAAUCAGGAAAUUCAAGGUACGAUGUCCCCUAAAAAUCUAAAUUUAUUUAUAUGAUUAAUGUGAUUGUUUAAUUUAUUUUAAUAAUAUAAAUUAAAAAAUGAUAGAAGAUGCAUAAAUUGUUAUCAAAUCUUUAUUAUUCAAAAUUAUUAGUUGUCAUAUAUAUCUUAGUCACAUUAGAUAAUUAUGUAGCUUCUAUGUAAGGAAGGAAUGAAGAAUAUUUAGUACAUUAAUAAUUAAUUUUAUGGUUAAUUUAAUGAAAAAUAUAGUAUAUGUUUAAAUGAAUCAACGUAAUUCUCUAAAAAAUCGAUGAAUUAUUAUGGUGAUGACCAUGAUAUACCUUAAAUGUUGUAAUGUGGCUCAAAUAAUAUAUAAGGGAUAAGCAGUAAUAAUAUGGCGGACCAAAAAAAACUUUGUAACAACUUAGCACGAGACAAUAUGGCUGCUAGUAGAAAAUAAAUAAUAUUACGCUUCGGAAAAAAUUUAAGGAAUAAGUUUUAAAGUUAAAAUCCAUUUAAAUUGAAGAUAGUCGAAAACCAAAUAACUUCAAUACAGACUCUUCAUUCAAUGACAAAAUGCCUAUAAACAUUUUUUUAACCCAUUUAAAUGAAGUGAAAAUAGAUAUUUGAGUUUACUUUUGAAAAACAAACUCAACACUUAGAAUUCAUACUUUUCAGGUUUUUUAAAAAAAAAAAUCUAAAACACAUCUUUUCCUUAUUUUCUUAUAAACUAGAUUGAAAUUCUUAAACAGCAUUUUUGAAAACGUUUUUAAAUGUAGUUUGUUUAAAUGAGUGUUUUUACACCUGAAAGUCAGUUUGUGUUUCCAGUCCAAAUUUUUUUUUAUUAACCAUUAUUUUGAUUAAGGGAGGAAACAGAUACAUGAAAUCUUUAAAGGGACAUAAGUAGAACUGCCAUAUAUUGAUCUUCAUGAGGUGGUAGCAUAAGUAAAAAUGUCAGACACUCAUAAAAUACGUAGAAUUGUCGAUUAUAGAAUCGUUUACACAAUAACUUUUAUAAUAUGAAAUAUAAUAAUAAAUCUAUGUUAAAACUCAAUUUAUGGAGUGUUACUGAUUGUAUAAGUUCAGUUCAAAACUAUUAAAUUGUAAGUAAAUCAGAUUUUAAUUUUUAAUUCAUUUUACAAUUCAAGAUAUAAGAUUUACCUAGACAUAUUAAUCUAUGUCAAUUUAUUUAUUAAUUCAACAUCAUAUCAUUUGAUUUAUAUAAUAGAACUAGGUGUUUUUUCCACACAUGCAUGUAUAAUCUUCUUAUGAAUAUUUAUUAAUGCAAACAUUAUAAAUUUAAAGACCAGCAUCAUAAAUUACUAUUUUAUACUUUUAAUCAUUAUCAUAUGAGCAAAGCUUAAGUAGCUUAAUUAAGACUAAUCCAGGUAAUUACUGUCACCAGUUAAAAUUUGGCAAUGGCCAAAAGUACGUUGAAUAGGUGAAGUGUAAACCCAUCCUCUACUGGCUCACGUAGAUUUUCUGAUACAUCAUAUUCAUAAAAUUAUAAGUUAAUUUAAAUAGUCAAAUUAAAUUAGGAGAAGUAACUUUAAUCACUUUUUAGAAAGAAAAAAAAGUAACUUUAAUAGAACCAGGAGACAAUAGUGGGAAGACAAUAGUGGGAAGACAACAGUGAGAAUUAACGAGAGGGGAUUAAGAGGAGGAUUAAGGUAGUUGAUUCAAUAAACCUUUUGACAAAUUGAACUCGCAGGCCAGAGCUAAAAACAGAGUUGCUAACAAAUGCAAACUUUUGGAUAUUGAAAAUUUGUAAAUGUUGUUAACUGAUGGAUGGGUAAUAGUAAUAUACAUAUUUCAUUUUAUUUUCUAAACUUUAACUUUUUAUGACUAAAAUAUUAUUUUUGGAUAACAACACAAUAUUUGAGAAUUAUAUUAUUAU